GCAUCCAAUGGUGUCCUCUAUUAGUGUUGAACACAAACUCUGUAUUCAAUGAGAAGUCAAUGAAAACACUGUAGAAGUGAUUGAAAGCCAACUCAACACUCAAUACAAACACCACUUCUUCACGGCGUAUGUCAUCACAACUGAUCCACUGAUUGCCAACACAAUGGACACAAAGUCGGACACAACGGCCGCAGAACCGCUACUGUCGUCGUCGCCGACGACCGCCGACGCGGACACCACUUCUGUCACUAUCGACGAGCCGUCGGGUCUAUUGGACGGACUGCUGAAGACAUCGCCGACACAUCCGCUCUCCAAGACUGGUCUCGGACUCAAUAAGAUGUCACCCAAAGACAUAUACAACACGCUGUGGUCGCGGCUUCAGAGUUGGGGCUCUUUUAUCGACACGAAUCGCAUGAAGACACCGAACUCGACGGUCCAGUGGUCGCGACGUCUGGUCCGCAACAUCGAGCACUUCCAGAGCAACUAUCUGUGCGUAUCGUUGGUGUUGAUCGUGUACUGCAUCCUCACGAGUCCGCUCCUAUUGCUGGCCAUCGCAGCCAUCGCUGGACUCAGUUAUAUACUGACGCUGAAGAACGCCGAGAGUCCGCUCAAACUGUUUGGCCAUAAGUUCUCAUUAGGACAACAGUACCUCUUCUUAAUGAUCGUAUCGUUUCCGUUGUUUUAUUUGGCCGGCGCUGGACAGGCAGUCUUCUGGGUGAUCGGCGCCUCAUUCUUCGUGAUCGGACUUCACGCCAGCAUUUAUGCCAUCGAAAUGCAGGACACGAUUGAACCGCAGUUCAUAUUAUUUGAUAAAAGCCUUCAAAAUGUUUGAAUUUCUCGUCAAUUGAUUCAAUUUCUAAGUCAU